AUGGCUCAUGAAAUCAGUCAUGGCAAAAUGACCCGAGUCGCAGCGCCUGAGACCUGGGAGGGUCCCACCCUGCGGACCGUGGACAUUGCUGACAACAUGCCCGUCAUGAUCGUAACCACAGCUCUACGGCGCUUGUGGCUGAUCGAACCUCCUGAACUUGCGCAGACGGCGCGAGAUAAGACCUCGGGCCUCGCCCGAGAAUUCGAGUUUGCGUUGCAGGCAAAUGGGAACUACAUCACCUGUGCGGUGCCCGGCCGUGCUUGGGAUGAUGGCCUUUGGCGGCGACGGACCCGGUACAAUCUCCUGGAGUCUCCUGUAGAUCCCCGUCGAGAGGUUCCAGGAUCACCGCUGCAUGACUGGAGUGAUCAUGUCAGGCGAAUGUACGGCCAUGUAUUUUGGGAUAUGUAUCAAAGCCUUAAACUGGAAGCAAGUCACAUCGGCGAGUUCCCUGAACGCAGUUCUGAGGCGGUAUCGUUACUCAACAUUGAAAUCACCGACGAAGCGGAAAAUGAAGUUCUCACCAUCAUUUUUGACCGCGACACAUUCCUCUUCCCUGUCUGGUUCGAACCCAGUGUUUCCGUCACGAUCGUGGCAGACGAUCACACGCACAGCUGGGCUCCAGACGGUAGCAAGUGGACAUUUGGAAUAUGGGUUCGCCGAGGAGUCGAAGUUGGAAUCUCGACAAAAUCCGAAAAUAGCGGUACUAGAGGAUUAGGCGCAAUUCUGGCGCAAGGGCAUUGUGAGCAGCCGGAGAAACCAGAAGCUAUUGGCUUUGCGAAGGACAGAAAGCCGGGUGAUCCUGUUGCGCCAGAAAUUGCCACCGAGGCCACCCACCUCGCGCGAGCGGUAUGGCUUUCUGCGGGAGACGCCGCAAACGAUUGUAGAUAUGAUGCAGUACAUACAACAUUAGACGCGCAGUUACACGAGCGGCGCCAGGGUGUAAAGCAUCUCCACGGGCCGAAUGAAUCUCGUGGUUCUCUCUACGAAAAACUACCUCACGCGACAAACAUCAGGUUACUUCGUGUGGCUCCAGGCGACAUUGCCGCAGAGCUGAGGACGACAUUGGUGUUGGUUGACUUACAAGACAACCCGGAGUAUGAAGCUCUUUCAUAUACUUGGGGAGACCCGCAGGACAAGGUCCAACUGGCAUGCGCCUCUAGCUCUGUCCCGGUUCCAAGCAAUUUGCAUGGUGCACUCAAUCAAUUGAGGUAUCAUGACCGGCCUAGAUACGUCUGGGCAGACGCAGUGUGCAUCAAUCAGGAGGAUAUCAAAGAGCGUGGACAGCAGGUCUCUAUCAUGCGCGACAUUUUCCAUGGGGCUACUAGGGUUCUGGUCUGGCUUGGUACAGACCAGUCACAGCAGGCCGCAGCAGCAUUCAAGGCUGUAUGCGACAUUGUGCGCUCUUGGAAGCCACCCGGAAAUAAGCUCGCUUACACCAGCUACGCAGAAGCUUUUGAGCCCAUGAGCUCUGGAGCCAGAGAAUAUCUCCACAGAAGAGUUAAUCAGAAUGCCUGGGCGGCACUUCACUCAUUAUUUUCAUCAAACUACUUUCGUCGUUUUUGGAUCAUCCAGGAGUUAAGUUUGUCGCAGUCGGCAAUAGUGGUCUGGGGCAAGCACCAUAUAGCGUGGCCUUUGGUUGGAAUAUGUGCGACAUGGCUACUAUCCAAAGGGUGGGAUUUUCAGGCUGGAGCACCGAUGACCACAGCAUUCAAUGCCUUCCUGAUAUACGUACUUCCCCUAGCGAGACAUAGCGCCAUCACUCACUUCUCGAGGCUCGACUUAUCUGCGAUCCUUGGUAUCACCGUGGGGAUUUUUGACUCCACGGAUCCGAGAGACCGCAUCUACGCGCUGCUGGGCAUGUCGUUUUCUGGAAACGACCCGGGACGAGGGCUCCUCUUGAAGCCUGAUUACACUGAGGACCUGCGAUCUGUUUACACACGAGCUGCCACACGCAUGCUACAGCAGGACCAGCACUUACGCUUGCUGAGCUCAAUUCAGCAUGGUGCAACCCUCGACCCUUCCUGGCCGUCUUGGGUGCCCAAAUGGAACGAAUCAUACAAUGCUGAACCGCUGGCUCUUAGAGAAGAGCAAGGAUACUAUGCCAAUGCCGGCGAACUGUUCUUCCCUGACGACAACACGUUUAGUCCAGACGGUAAGAGUAUUUACCUGAACGGUCUCGAAUGCAGUCCCAUCACGGAAGUGAGCGAGCUCAUGACUAGGCACAAACACGGCCAUCGGGCCAUGACCCGGGAGAAAGACCGGGCCGCACUGAGCCGCAUCAUGGGGCAGCUCCUCGACGAGGAAAACCUCCUCCGGUCCUCCUGGAGCUCCAAGAUCGAGCAGUACACCAUCUUCGGGUUCACGGACCCGGCCCAACAGGCGGAGAUCGUCAGGGAGGGAAUCCGCGCCGCGGCAGCCACCGGCGUCCCCGGCAAGUACGGCAUCCGGUCCUCGGUCGAGAUGUUGACGGGCGACAAGGCGCAGGUCGACCACCUCGGCGAGUUCCUCAUCUACUGGCGCGAGCGCAGCUCGUGGAGACCCAACGAGCUCCUGCACAUCUCGGACGAGCGCAUGGAGAAAGCAGCGAAGAGCGGCGGUGGCAUUUCCAAGGAGAUCCUGCUGUGCUCCUUGAACACGCUCUGGGGCCGGCGGGUCUUCCACUGCGGAGAUGGCAAGCUCGGUCUGGGGCCGGCGGCUGCUCAGCCUGGUGAUCGCGUGGCCGUCCUUUUCGGUGGCAUCGUGCCCUUCGUCCUCCGGCCGGCGGAAGGAGGCAGCUGGCGGUUUGUGGGCGAGUGUUUCGUCCCGGGACUCAUGCAAGGUGAGGCCGUCGAGGCGGCUGGUCUUUUGGCGCCCGGGAGCUUUGAGCGUCAUAAAGAUGGUACGUUACGGCUGAAUCUAGAAGAAGAGCAUGGAACGGGUCCCCGGUUCCAGCGGAAGGUGGGAGAGCAGGGUGUUGUGAGGUUCGAAAUCAGAUAG